UUAUAUGACGAGGUAUAGUGAUCCUUAUUCACUUCCAUUUCUAAAAGAUGAAAAGAGUUGGGAACUAUUGCAGAAGAAAGUAUUUAAACGAGGGAACUCGUGUCCUUUGGAGCUAGUCAAUGUAGGACAACUAGUUGCCAAAAAAUGUAAAGGAUUACCUUCUUUGAUUAUCAUGAUUGCUAUAACUCUUUCAGAAGAAAGAGAAGCGUCUUCGUGGCUUAAGGUUGCAUAUGAUAUAAGUUCUCAUGUUUUCGACAAGGAGAGAAGCAUGAUGACGAUACGAUCAAGUUAUGGCCAUUUACCGGAUCAUUUAAAGCCUUGCCUUCUCUAUAUGGGAUUGUUUCCUAAAGAUUACGAAAUUCCAGUGUCUGAUCUACUCAAGUGGUGGAUAGCUGAGGAGUUUGUGCAGAACAUUGACACGUUGAAUCCAGAAGAAUUAUCAGAGAUUUGCUUGCAUGAUCUUGUUGGCAGAAACCUCGUAGUGGUUUCCAAAACAAGCUUGAAUGGUAAAAUGAAAUGCUGCAUAGUUCUUGAUCAAGUGCGUGAGUUUUGCUUGAGAAAAAUUACAGAAGAAAAGUUCAUGCACCUCAUAGUGCCGUAUAGUUAUCCAGAUCAACCCGAAGAACAAAGGUUAUGCAUGUACAUACAUGACCGUACUAUGACAAGUGAUUUCAAGGAAAGUGAUCAGGAGUUCAUUGUUCAUCCGAAAUUCAGUAUAUUGGACCGUAAGAAUCCUUUCCGUUUGCUUAAUAACUUAAAACUUGUUCGGGUUUUACAUUUAUUGGAUAUCUACUUGGACAAUUCUUUGGCUGCUACAUUUCAGUCAUUCCCUCACUUGAGGUACCUUGCAAUUUUUGUUAAAGCAUUUGAUUUCAAAUGGGUGUCACACCUACUUCAUCUACAAACUUUGCGGGUUCGUUCAUCUUAUAUAAUGAUAUCCCCUGCUAUAUGGAAAAUGUCAAAGUUGAGGCAUGUGGACAUAAACGAAUUUCCCGUUACAGUAUGGGAUGAAGAUGAUAAAGAUGAUAUUGUGUUAGAUAACUUGAAGACUCUUGGAAUGUGUUCUAUGUCCGCGGCUGACAUGACUUGGGAGUUUUGGAAAAAGUUUGCAAAUCUUGAAGAACUCAGGCUCCACAUAAAUGAAUUUGAAAAUCAUGUUCCUUAUCAUUUUUGCUUUUUCCCCUUACGUCUCAGGUGUUUGUCUCUCAGUGAAAUAUUCCUAACUGAUGGAUUAGUUUCAAGUAUUACAAAUUUGCGAUGCCUUGAGACUCUUAAAUUAUCCGAGAUAUACUUUGCAGGGGAAAAGUAUUGGGAUCUCGGUGAUAGCACGUUUGUACAACUCAAGUUUUUGAAACUACAUCGUGUUUUUAUGACCAAAUGGAGUUGCUCAGAGGAAUCAUUUCCUUGCCUUGAAUAUCUUGUUAUAAAAAAUUGUCCCAAGCUUGAAGAGAUCCCGGAUAGCUUUGCUGAUAUUCCAACACUGCAAUUGAUUAAAGUGAUCAAUUGUAGUGAGUCAGUUCGCAAUUCAGCUCAAAACAUUAAAGAAGAUGUAGAAAACACUGAAGGAAAUGAGAGACUCCAACUUCAUAUCCCCAAGAACUACUAAAGAUGUUCUAGAUGUGAUUUCCGAGCAGCUGAAUCAUUCAUCAGACUUGUGAAUUUCUAGUCAGAGGAGACAUCAGUAGAAGCUAAACCAUUGUAGUACUGAGAUGAAAGGUUCUGCUUUGUGGAUGGAUUGAUUUGCAUAUCAUCAGCAAGUUGCUAUUGACCGGAGGAUAUCAAUGUCUAUUUAGAUUUGUGCUUUGUAAUGCUCCGUUCUGAUAUGUAUUGUCAGAGAUGGAGCCAGAAUUUGAAGCUUAUGGAUUCUGAAUUUUUUUCACAUGUGAUCUGAACUAUUAAUUGUCAUGUUCACUGUUGUUA